GCCAAGCACUUCUUCUUCUUCUUCUUCUUCCUCACCUGGCAGGAACCUUCAUCUCAUCUAUCCAGCAAGGCAGCACCAAGAACUAUAAGGGAGAUUAUAUCUACGUGAAUCAAACUUGGUAGGACUCAAAACUUGUGAAAUGACUCUUUUUGGAUGCUGUUUUGGAAAAAAAGCAUCUCCGCCAAGGCAUCAAAUAGACAUUGAAGAGGAAGUUUCAAGCUGUCAGAAUGCUAAGAUAUACAGUUAUAGGGAAUUGCGGAUGGCAACCGAAGACUUUAGUCCCUCAAAUAUGAUAGGGAGAGGAGGGUUUGGAUCUGUUUACAAAGUACUCCGUAUUUAUAACAUUCUUCUUCAUUUCUUCAAGUAAAAUAUCCACUUUUGGUCCCACAAUCAUCCUCAGUUUUAGUCUCUUACUCUAAGUUUUCCACUUUUGGCGUACCACUAUCAAUUUCUUGCCACUUUUGCUCAUUUUUGGGCCCUUCAUUUGUUAAAAUCUAUAACAAAUUCCAUGGAAAUUGACUGGAUAAGUGACAAGGAAUCCAAAGUCGUGCACCGAAGGUGGAAAAACUGAAAGUCGGGACCAGAAAGUGAGAAUUGCGUAAUUGUCAUGGGAUUCAAAGGUGGAAAUUCUUUCCUGUCUUCAAUUAUAGGUACUGAAGCUAUCAAUUGACUAUUAGGGGCGACUAAGAGAUGGAACUUUGGUGGCUGUUAAGGUGCUCUCUGCGGAAUCAAGGCAGGGCUCUAAAGAGUUUUUGACAGAAAUUGUUGUUAUCUCGGGCUUAGACCACGAAAAUCUGGUCAAGUUGUAUGGUUGCUGUGUGGAAGAGGAUCAUAGGAUGCUGGUAUAUGCCUAUAUGGAAAACAACAGCCUUGCCCAGACUCUUCUAGGUUCCAGGCACACUGGCAUUCAGUUUAGCUGGAAGGCCCGCACAAAUAUAUGCAUUGGUGUGGCCCGGGGGCUUGCGUUUCUCCAUGAAGAAGCACAACCACAUAUUGUUCAUAGAGAUAUCAAAGCAAGCAAUGUCCUUCUUGACAAAGAUCUCAAUCCAAAAAUUUCCGAUUUUGGUCUUGCAAAGCUCUUCCCGAAUGAUGUCACUCAUAUCAGCACCCGUGUUGCAGGCACUCAAGGUUAUUUGGCCCCGGAGUAUGCACUGCUUUCACAACUCACAAGGAAAGUAGAUGUUUAUAGCUUUGGAGUUCUCCUUUUGGAAAUCGUUAGUGGAAGAUGCCACACCAACACGCGCCUCCCCAUUGAUGACCAAUACCUCCUUGAAAGGGCUUGGAGACUCUAUCAAAGAGGGGAGCUUGUUCAGGUGGUUGAUGAAUCACUGGGAGAGCACUUUAAUACUGACGAAGCUUGUAGAUAUGUGAAAAUCGCUCUCUUGUGCACCCAAUCGAUGCCCAAAACCCGUCCAUCUAUGCCCAAAGUAGUCAAAAUGUUGAUAGGAGACAUGCCCGUGGAUGAUUCCGCGAUAUCAGAACCCGGUUUGUUGUCAGAACUAAUGAAUCUCAAGGGUCAAAGGAAAGAGAAAGGAUUAACGUCAUCCAAUGGCUCCGGGAAUGAAGGUACUACCUCUUCGUCCGGGAACUUGACUGUAUCACAGGCAACUAUGACUUUCUCGUCGAUAUAUAACCGAAGCAGUUGAAUCAGAGUCAGAAUUGCACCUCUCAUUCUCUUGUUGUUAAAUUCAUAUCUAAUCAAAUUGUGUGUGGGGUACUACGAGCCCUCUGCCCCACGCAUCUAACUAGCUCGCGUGGUUCACCGGUUCCACCGAAGAGUGAUUCAGUCGAUACAGAGGUGCGCUUGAAGUGGGGGGUGUGCUGUCCCUAUUGGGCUGGGCCCUUCCCCAUAAGGCCCCACCGUCGGGGUAAUUUUCAAUAGACAUCUUUUGCAAAUAAAGUUUAUUCUAUAUU